AUGUAUAUAACCCACAAAAAAUCAAUAUACAAAAACACUUAAGAUUUGUCGCAGUGACUGGUUGAAUUCAAUACUACACUUCAAAUUUGAAUCAAAUAUAUCGUAAACUGAAAACCUAUAAUUACCCGCAUUAUGUCUCCAAACCGGCGAGAACAUGAACAACCACUGUUAUUACAACAAGAAAAGUCACAAGAAACAGCAUACGAUUCCUCAGAAAAAAUAGUAGUGGUCGGAAUCGACGAAUCAACGAACUGGGACACUGAAGUUCCACCAUUUUCAUGGAAGAAGCUAUGGCUAUUCACAGGUCCAGGUUUUCUAAUGAGCAUAGCUUUUUUGGAUCCAGGGAACUUAGAAGGGGACCUACAAGCUGGUGCAUUUGCUGGGUAUUCAUUGCUAUGGCUUCUUAUGUGGGCCACAGCAAUGGGGCUUUUGAUUCAGCUUUUGUCAGCUAGGCUUGGUGUUGCUACUGGGAAGCAUUUGGCUGAGCUUUGUAGGGAGGAGUACCCUAAGUGGGCUAGGAUGGUGCUUUGGGUUAUGGCUGAAUUAGCUCUUAUUGGUUCUGAUAUACAAGAGGUUAUUGGUAGUGCUAUUGCUAUUAGGAUUCUUAGUAAUGGCAUUCUUCCCAUUUGGAGUGGUGUUAUCAUUACUGCUCUUGAUUGUUUUAUUUUUCUCUUUCUUGAGAACUAUGGUGUGAGGUCAUUGGAAGCUUUUUUUGCUGUUCUCAUUGGUGUAAUGGCGCUAGCUUUUGCAUGGAUGUUUGGUGAGGCAAAGCCAAGUGGCAAGGAACUUCUAGUUGGCAUUUUGGUUCCAAAACUCAGCUCCAGAACUAUACAGCAAGCUGUUGGAGUUGUGGGCUGUCUUAUAAUGCCUCACAAUGUAUUCUUGCAUUCUGCUCUUGUUCAGUCAAGACAGGUUGAUCACAGCAACAAAGGCCGAGUUCAAGAAGCGAUUAACUAUUACUCAAUAGAGUCUACCCUUGCCCUGAUAGUCUCCUUUGGUAUUAACAUACUUGUCACAGCCGUGUUCGCCAAGGGGUUUUAUGGUUCCGAAAUAGCAGAUAGUAUUGGACUUGUAAAUGCAGGACAGUAUCUUCAGGAAACUUAUGGAGGGGGACUAUUACCGAUAUUGUAUAUAUGGGGUAUUGGUUUGUUAGCAGCUGGCCAAAGUAGCACUAUAACUGGUACUUACGCCGGACAAUUUAUCAUGGAAGGUUUUCUAAAUUUAAGGUUGAAGAAAUGGCUGAGGGCAUUGAUUACUCGAAGUUUUGCGAUAAUCCCAACCAUGAUAGUUGCCCUUAUGUUUGAUGCCACAGAGGGUUCACUGGAUGUUCUGAAUGAGUGGCUUAAUGUUCUUCAGUCAGUCCAAAUCCCCUUUGCACUUAUUCCUUUGCUCUGUCUGGUAUCCCAAGAACGGAUAAUGGGCACUUUCAAAAUCGGCACUGUCCUCAAGACUAUUUCUUGGUUUGUGACUGCUCUUGUGACAGUGAUUAAUGGCUAUCUGUUGUUGGAAUUCUUCACAUCUGAAGUGAAUGGAGUAGUAGUUGGUGCUGUAGUGUGUGCACUAACUGCUGCAUAUGUUGCAUUCAUAAUAUAUCUUAUUUGGGGGGCCACGUCCUUUUUGCCUAGACAAAGCGGACCAAAGGCGAUACUUCACUCAGACAGUUGAGUUAUUGAUCCUUAAAACUGCAGACUAGGAAAUACUAUAGAGCCAAAGGAUUUCAUGAUACAAUAAGCUAGCUAGGGCCAUUUAUUGUUUUCUCUGUAAAUAAUGAAAUAACAAUUCAGAGUAGAUUUUAGUGCUGCAUUGCUUUCAUAUUUUCUUGUCUUUAA